AGGAGGAGGAAGGAUCCGGGGUGUCGGCGGAGAGCGCGGGGGGCUGAGGACCACCCGCCUCCCUCCGCGCGGGCGCCUUUGUGUCCCCCAGCCCCGGCGGAGCGAGGGGCCGCGGGCAGGGGAGCGGAUGCAAAGAGCGGCUGGUGCUGGAGGGGAGAAGGAGAAAGGGGGAUGGUGGAAGAUUUCUCUCCUUUUUUAUUUUUUUUUUUUUUUUGGUGGUCUCUUCGGCAGCGGCUGUUCUUCCCCAGCAGCAGCAGCAGCAGAGGCGGCAGCAGCAGCAGCAGCAGCACAGGCAAUGACUCUGCCGCAUCCGAAUUGCCUGGCCGGUGGUGCCGGCUCCGGAGACAUCACCUUGCUCUGAAGUUGCCCACCUGGAGGAGGUAAAUCGGAGCGGGGCUUUCGUCCAGAGGGGUCGGCGACAGCAGGGAAGAGGAGGAAGCGAUCGCCUCCCCCAUCCCCACACACCCUCGUCCUCCGGGAGGAAGCUUGUGUAGCAGAAGAACACGGCAGAAAAGGAGAGACUUGUACUUCUAUUUUUUCCUUCUUUUUUUUUUUUUUUAAUUUUUUCUUCCUUGAGGGACGUUCCGUGCUUCUCAUCCCCCUCUUUUCCUGCGGGCUGGGGGCUUUGGUACUGUGGCCAGGUCUGCUUCCUACUCCCACCCCUGGUUUUAAUGGCUGGAUUGUGGCAGCAGCUCCCUGCUGCAGGUUGUUGAGGAUCUGAUGGGGACUCGCAUCUCAGGAGCCGGAGGUGACUAAAGAAAUGUUGAAUACAGUACUCAGCAAAAAAUAGCGUGUGGAUUUCUAGCACCUGAAGAACAAGAAAAGGUCUCAGACUCUGGAUACUUGGCUGUGGGAUUUUUUUUUAUUACUAUUAUUUUUGAUUGGGUUUUUUUCCCCUUUUCGGAUGUGAAUUGAAGGCCAACAGUUGAAGUGUUGGAAGCAAGUUACAGGAGGACUCUCGCCUUUUUCUUUGAACCCUUGUUUGCUGGGAUACUUUCAAGCCCUCCUUCACAGUCAUGUGGUCAUCACAGCUGCUGUUCUUCACAAUGCUCUUAACACCGAUUGCCCAUGCCUGGAUUUCUUUUAAAACAGCUUUCAGCCGAGCCCCGGUCCCCAUGGCUGUGGUCCGAAGGGAGCUGUCCUGCGAGAGUUACCCCAUAGAGCUGCGCUGCCCAGGAACAGAUGUUAUCAUGAUCGAAAGUGCCAACUACGGGAGGACUGACGAUAAAAUCUGUGACUCUGAUCCUGCUCAGAUGGAGAAUAUCCGCUGUUAUCUGCCAGAUGCCUAUAAGAUUAUGACUCAAAGGUGCAGUAAUCGGACCCAGUGUGCAGUUGUUGCUGGCCCUGAUGUGUUUCCAGACCCAUGCCCUGGGACGUACAAGUACCUGGAAGUGCAGUACGAAUGUGUACCUUACAAAGUGGAACAAAAAGUUUUUCUUUGCCCCGGACUGCUGAAAGGAGUGUACCAGAGCGAACACUUAUUUGAAUCCGACCACCAGUCCGGUGCCUGGUGCAAGGACCCUCUGCAGGCAUCUGACAAGAUCUACUACAUGCCCUGGACACCGUACCGGACAGACACGCUGACGGAGUACUCCUCCAAGGACGACUUCAUCGCCGGGAGGCCAACCACGACCUACAAACUCCCGCACCGGGUGGACGGCACGGGGUUCGUGGUGUACGAUGGGGCUUUGUUCUUCAACAAGGAGCGGACCAGGAACAUCGUCAAGUUUGACUUGCGGACAAGGAUAAAAAGCGGGGAGGCCAUCAUAGCGAACGCAAACUACCACGACACCUCUCCCUACCGCUGGGGAGGCAAGUCCGACAUAGACCUGGCUGUGGAUGAGAACGGGCUGUGGGUAAUCUAUGCAACAGAACAAAAUAAUGGCAAAAUAGUCAUUAGCCAGUUAAACCCUUACACGUUAAGGAUCGAAGGAACGUGGGAUACUGCCUAUGACAAGAGGUCAGCUUCGAAUGCCUUCAUGAUCUGUGGGAUUUUAUACGUGGUGAAGUCUGUGUAUGAAGAUGACGACAAUGAAGCCACAGGGAAUAAAAUAGACUACAUAUAUAACACUGACCAAAGCAAGGAUAGCAUGGUGGAUGUGCCCUUUCCAAACUCCUACCAGUACAUUGCUGCUGUGGAUUAUAAUCCCCGGGACAACCUGCUUUAUGUAUGGAACAACUAUCAUGUUGUAAAAUACUCCUUGGAUUUUGGCCCACUGGACAGCAGAGCAGGGCAGGCUCACCAUGGGCAGGUUUCCUACAUUGCCCCACCGAUCCACCUCGAUUCGGAUCUGGAGAGACCGCCAUCCAAGGGAGUAUCGACGUCGGGGGCUCUGGGCCCGGGGAGCACCACUGCCAGCACCACGCCACGGAUGGCCACCAGCACCACCGGCCGCCCCACCACCACCUCGGCUUCGGGCAGGAGGAACAGGAGCACCAGCACCCCAUCGCCCAUGGCUGACGUCCCCGACGAGAUGACCACGCACCUCCCGCCCGCCUCCUCCCAGCUGCCGCCAGCCGGUGCGGAGAGCUGCGACCCCAUGGAAGCCCGCGAUAUCAUGUGGUCUCGGACUCGGCAGGGCCAGGUGGCGAAGCAGCCCUGUCCCAUGGGCUCAAUAGGGGUUGCGACUUUCCGGUGUCUUGCGCCAGACGGUAUCUGGGAACCCCAAGGACCUGAUCUUAGCAACUGCUCUUCACCCUGGAUCAACCACAUUACUCAAAAGAUGAAGUCAGGGGAGAUGGCUGCCAACAUUGCCCGGGAGCUCGCGGAGCACACCAAAAACCACCUGUACGCCGGUGACAUCGCGUACUCCGUGUCCGCCAUGGUCCAGCUGGUGAACUUGCUCGACGUGCAGCUCCGGAACCUGACUCCGGGCGGGAAGGACAGUGCUGCACGCAGUUUAAAUAAGCUUCAGAAAAGGGAGCGCUCUUGCAGGGCCUAUGUCCAGGCCAUGGUGGAGACGGUGAACAACCUCCUGCAGCCACAGGCUCUGAACGCGUGGAGGGACCUGAAUGCAAGCGAACAGCAGCGCGCAGCCACCAAGCUGCUCGACACCGUGGAGGACAGUGCCUUUGUGCUGGCUGACAACCUGCUGAAGACAGACAUCGUCCGGGAAAACACUGACAACAUCCAGCUGGAAGUUGCGAGACUAAGCACAGAUGGGAAUCUGGAAGAUCUGAAGUUUCCCCAGAACAUGGGCCACGGGAGCACCAUUCAGCUGUCAGCAAAUACCUUGAAGCAAAAUGGUCGAAAUGGUGAAAUCAGGGUGGCUUUUGUACUGUACAACAACCUGGGCACGUAUCUCUCCACGGAGAAUGCCAGCAUGAAGUUGGGAACAGAAGCAAUGUCGACUAAUCACUCCGUCAUUGUCAACUCUCCUGUCAUCACUGCAGCAAUAAACAAAGAGUUCAGCAAUAAGGUUUACCUGGCUGAUCCUGUGGUGUUUACUGUCAAGCACAUCAAGCAGUCAGAAGAAAAUUUCAACCCGAAUUGUUCAUUCUGGAGCUAUACAAAGCGUACAAUGACAGGGUACUGGUCCACCCAGGGCUGUCGCCUCCUGACAACUAACAAGACGCACACCACAUGCUCCUGCAAUCACCUAACCAACUUUGCAGUCCUGAUGGCACAUGUGGACGUUAAGCACAGCGAUGCAGUCCAUGACCUACUCCUGGACUUCAUCACAUGGGUUGGCAUCCUGCUGUCACUGGUCUGCCUCCUGAUCUGCAUCUUCACCUUCUGCUUCUUCCGUGGACUGCAGAGCGACCGCAACACAAUUCACAAGAACUUGUGCAUCAGCCUCUUCGUGGCAGAACUCCUCUUCCUCAUCGGCAUCAACCGGACUGACCAGCCGAUCGCCUGUGCCGUCUUUGCUGCCCUCCUGCACUUCUUCUUCCUGGCAGCUUUCACCUGGAUGUUCCUGGAGGGGGUGCAGCUCUACAUCAUGCUGGUGGAGGUUUUUGAGAGCGAACACUCCCGGAGGAAGUACUUCUAUUUGGUGGGCUACGGCAUGCCUGCACUGAUUGUGGCCGUGUCAGCAGCAGUGGACUAUCGGAGCUAUGGCACGGACAAAGUAUGUUGGCUCCGACUUGACACCUACUUCAUUUGGAGCUUUAUAGGACCGGCGACCUUGAUAAUUAUGCUUAAUGUCAUCUUCCUUGGGAUUGCUCUCUAUAAAAUGUUUCAUCAUACUGCCAUACUGAAACCCGAAUCUGGAUGUCUUGACAAUAUCAACUAUGAGGAUAACAGACCCUUCAUCAAGUCCUGGGUUAUAGGUGCAAUAGCCCUACUCUGCCUAUUAGGACUGACCUGGGCAUUCGGACUCAUGUAUAUUAAUGAAAGCACAGUCAUCAUGGCGUAUCUCUUCACCAUAUUCAAUUCUCUGCAGGGAAUGUUUAUAUUCAUUUUCCAUUGUGUCCUCCAGAAAAAGGUACGUAAAGAGUAUGGAAAAUGCCUGCGCACGCAUUGCUGUAGUGGGAAAAGUACAGAGAGUUCUAUCGGCUCAGGAAAAACCUCGGGAUCAAGGACACCUGGAAGAUACUCCACAGGCUCACAGAGCCGGAUUCGUAGGAUGUGGAAUGACACAGUUCGAAAGCAGUCCGAGUCUUCCUUUAUUACUGGAGAUAUAAACAGUUCAGCUUCACUCAACAGAGGAGCCAUGGCUAAUCAUCUUAUAACCAAUGCUCUGCUUCGUCCUCAUGGCACUAACAACCCUUAUAAUACAUUGCUCGGGGAAUCGGCGGUCUAUAACAACCCUUCUGUCAGCAUGUACAACGCACAAGAGCCCUACAGAGAGACAAAGGGGCUUCUGAACAAUGCCAGGGAUACAAGUGUCACGGAUACUCUACCACUGAAUGGUAAUCACGGCAACAGCUACAGCAUCGCCAGCGGCGAGUACCUCAGCAACUGCGUGCAAAUCCUUGACCGCGGGUACAACCACACGGAGAACGCCCUCGAGAAAAAGAUCCUGAAGGAACUCACCUCCAACUACAUCCCUUCCUACCUGAACAACCAUGAGCGCUCCAGCGAGCAGAGCCGCAACUUGAUGAACAAACUCGUCAACAGCGUGGGCGGUGGGAGCGAGGACGACGCCAUCGUGCUGGAUGACGCAACCUCCUUCACCCAUGAGGAGAGCCUGGGCCUGGAGCUCAUCCAUGAGGAGUCGGACGCCCCACUGCUGCCUCCCCGGAUGUACUCAGCGGACAACCACCAGCCCCACCUCUACAGUCGGCGGCGCAUCCCACAAGACAACAGUGAGAGCUUUUUCCCUUUGCUGACCAACGAGCACACGGACGACCUCCAGUCACCCAACAGGGAUUCUCUCUACACCAGUAUGCCCGCACUGGCUGGCAUGCCCAUGACGGAAAGCGUCACCGCCAGCACCCAGACCGAUCCUCCGCCAGCCAAAAGCGGUGGUGGCGAUGCCGACGAUGUUUACUACAAAAGCAUGCCCAACCUUGGCUCCAGGAACCACGUCCAUCAGCUACACACUUACUACCAGCUAGGUCGAGGCAGCAGCGAUGGUUUUAUAGUCCCGCCAAACAAAGAGGGAACGCCCCCGGACGGCAAUGCAAAAGGACCCGCUCACUUGGUCACUAGUCUAUAGAAGAUUCAGCAAAAAAUUAAGCAAAGAGACAACUAAAAGCCUCUCCAUAACGCUCGGUUUACUGUUCUGAGUUAAUCCAAACAGUGGUAAUAUUGUGUGUACUUCUAAAUCUUCAUGCUGUUCAAAAGGAAAUUCUCAGACUUUUUUUACUGGAAUUUUUAGGCCGGCCCGGAGAGGACAGUAACUGCUGCCCACGCCCCCCCUUAUCUUCCCAUCCUUCUUCCCUCCAGACAGACUUCAUUAUGUUAAUGAAAGAGAUAGAUAACGGCACACUUCGUGGCCUUCUCAAGUUAUGCCGUGUUUGUUUAAACAAUCCUUGAUGCUGUGUUGCUCUUAAUAUCGAGGACCUGAUUUAAGAGGGAAAAAAAAUUAUAAAAGGCCAAAAAUGUGCAUUUGAAACUAGUAGCGAUGGCGUAUCUAGGUGGGAGCGCUGCAUAAAACAAGCUAGCAAAACUCUUUCUUACCAAUCCAGGUCACAUCAUGGGUUAUGGUCACUCACAACUUGGUUUCACUGCAGCGCCCUUUGCUGUGGGAGCAAACAAAACAUAAACAAAUUUAAUGAGAUGGAAGGGAAUCCUAGAAUCCUGUGCUAAAGGCAUAUUUUACAUUUUGCUGUAUUAACGGAUGAUAAAAACUAAUGGCAGAAAAAGAGAAGUGAACAAUUUCUAUGUAAUGUACAGAUACUAGCAUUGCACAUAUAGUCUGCUUUCUGUUCCUCCAGAACUUGCGUCCCUGUUAAUGUAGUGGAAAAAAAAUAAGAACUUUUUUCUGUUGUGCUGGUCUUGUAAGUUUGUCUACCAGUAGGAGCAAGGUUUUUCAUAACUCCUUUUUUUUUUUUUAAUUUUGUUUUGCCUCUUCCACUGCCCUUCUCCUCUGUCCCCUCCCCAUCCCAGUAAAAAAAAAUCUCACUGGGCAAAAAAAAAACCCCAAACAUCACUUUGUAAGGACCAUUUUUAGUAACACCAUCACCAUUUCUUUUCAGCCAAGGCAGUCUUUUUAUUUCCUUGCUGUAUAACUUUUUUCAGCUGGCAUAGUGCCAGCAGACCUUUUGGCAGACUAGAGCAGGGCAAACUUCCUCUUUGUCAGUGCACAACCGAUCGUGAUGAUAAUCCUGUGAAGCGAGUAGCCCCUCAGCCAGGCCAUUGGGUCACAUCCAGGGACUGAGAGGGCUUUCUUAUAAUCGUAGUGGGGGUUCUACAGGAGACGGCCAUUUCCCUGGAGGAGCAAAGGGCUUCUCAGCUCAGUCUGGUCCCGGUUUAGGCACUUGUACUGCAGUGGUUAAGAAGAAAAUAGAUUGACACAUAGUGAGCUAAAAACUAUUUUGCAGUGAUUUUUAAUAAAAAGUCUUCUGUUCAUUAUUUUUCCUAACAGGAAAUUUAUUUAUUUGACAGGAUUUUUAAGUAACAUAGGCUUUCUGGAGGUAAAUUAGCAGCACGGAGUAUGAAUUCUUCUUCUUUUUCUCUCUUUUUUUUUUUUUUUUUUUUAAUUUAUGAUCCAUUUUGUACGGUCUCAACAGUUGAAUGACCUCAUUACUAAUAUUUGUUGUAAAAGUGAAGCUUGUUUGCCAACCAAUAAACAACUGAUCACGAUUUAGAAGAUACUGUAUGUAUGUACUGUACAAUUAAUCUCUCUUUUUUUUGUUGUUGUUCCUCUCUCCGUUACUGUCUUCAGUAUGAGUCUCCACUCCUUUACGGCAUGGGUGAGCAAUGCCAAAGAAAGGAGGCCUAAGCUGAGCAAUUUAAGCACAAAGGUUAUGCAGCUACAGCUGACUAGAAAUAUCAGGCUGGUGGUACCUGUUUAGGGGCGAGAACAGCACUGGUUGACAUUUGUUGCAGGUGAUUCUAGGUCUGUUUUGUGCCUACUGUAUAAAGUAGCCAACGACACGCGGAUGAUUUGAGUAUAGUGUUUCAUGUGUCGUAUCUUUUAAUCAUUGUAAUGGGGUUUGGGGGGUUUUUUUUAGUUUUGUUGUGGUUGUUGUGUUUUUUUUUUUUUAAUUUGGGUUCUUCUGAGAUUUAAAAACUGCUGGUAGCAUGUCAAAGAGUAAAACAAGUCCCCGUUAGGCCUUCUCGGUCAUUGUUUGCUGUCUCGUUAUUUUCUUGCUCCGGGCAUGUGCCAAGCGCCAUCACCAUCCUCUGCCACAUCGCCCUUCCCGUCUCACCACUGCCAGUGGCCCACUGGUGCUUUACUGCUCUCCUCCAGCCUCCCCCUUCAAAUCCCUCAAGAGCAAUCAGGAAUACAGAAAGCCACAAAAUAGACUAGAAAGGUUGACAGGGAAAAUAACCACCUCUGGACACAAUUGCUAACGAUUUUUCAGUAUGUGAUUUUUCACAAAGCCCUCCUAUGCCCUGGGCUUUGGGGCUUGGGGCUCCCUCUGUCCAAACUGCAUAUAUCCAAGUCCCAUCAUGCUGGGUAAAAGCCAAAAGACUUGGAGCAGGUGGGUGAGGCCCAUGUUAGGUAAGACAUUCCCAGUAUUGGAGGAUAAAUGCAGCAGCAGAGCAGCUCUGCUCUGUCACGGGGUUGUCCUCACGUUAGGAUGAUGCUGCUCAGUGCUGCUCAGCAAAGUCUUGUUGGGGGUGAGAACAGGUAGUUGUGGUAUUUGGUGGUAUUCAUGGCCUACAAAAGAGUCUGGUUUAAGUCACCUGCAUCCUUCCUGCCACCAGCCACUCUGGCCAAAGCAUCUUGGGAAGGAAACUUGCUUUCUGAUCGAGCACUGAUCACAGCAGUGGCUCUUGCCAGGCCUAGGUUUUGGCAAGGGAGCAUUUCCUAUUGGAAUAUUGGGAAUUGCCUAACUUCAUAGCAGAAUGGCCACUGGCCAGUCAAGUCAUGCUCUUGCUCUUGAUACUGCCUCCCCAUUUCAUUUUACAUGGAAUUUAAAUGAAAAUGAAGCAGCAAUGGAACUGGACAGUGCAGUAGACCUAUGCGUGCAGGCAAAGCAGGUGUUUCAGACUCACGUGGUCAUAACAAUCCAUGUAGCAGCCCAGUAGAGGCUGCCAAUGCUUUAAAUAAUUGAAGUACCUCCUACUUCGGAGAAUGUAAAAACUCUUUUACUGAAUUAGACUCAAAACCCAGUUUUCUGGGAGUAUAGAUGGGUUGAAUUCAUGCAGAGGGUGAGAUACACCAUAACAAAUAUCUUCGUGGUAAAGUGGAGGCAGGUGAUUGGCACAGCAUUUACCAGUGUUCCUGAAACUAUGCAAGAACGAAGCAGUGGUGGAUUUGCUGUGGGAUGAUUUUGUCCUACUGAAAAAUCUUUGACUUCCUUUGCUACAAACGGUCAUUCUUCCCCAGCCUUUCUGUGUAUUUCAGAUUUAUCGGUGUGCAGGCUGUUUUUCUCACUCACGCUUCCCUUUGCCAGCCUACCAUGCCCAUUAGUGCUUUGAUUGCAAAAAACACUGCUUAUUUUCAAGCUGAUUAUUUCUGUCCCCAGGCCGUUCUGACACCAUAGGAUUCACUGUUGGUGUUUCUUAUAGCUUUGGAAACAGCUGAAUCACAAAAUAGAGGGAAAAUAGAUAUUAUUCAUUUUAAUGUUAUUAAGCCAAAAAUGGGGAGCAGGAUGCAGAUUAUUUUUGGUAUUUUUUUUUUCCCCUUGAGAACAGACUUUGUUGUGUCAGAUAGUUGAUUAUGGGCAUGGUGAGGUUUCUGCUUGUUGAUAAAUAGCUCACUAGAUAUAAUUAUUACAUGACUGGCAAUGUAGUGGUGUGUUCUGUGCAGACUGCAGCAUGUGAAAAUCAAGUCACCGUUAAGUCCUCAGUGCCUACAAUGUUCCUGGGGUAGGAGGAAGAGCUAAAAAACAUCUAAGGCAUUUCUUAAUGCUGAGCCAAGGCAGGGAUGUGAGAAAAACAGAUUGAUGAAGAGGCAGUAGUGAUUAUGGUAUUAAAUCCAUGCUCAUGCUUGGGGCACAUAACUUUGCAAGCUGUGUUGAAGGGGAUAAUCAGCCCUGUACUGGAGGGAUCUUCCUUUAUAGAGCUUCAUUGAGCAAAACAAAAAAAUACCAACCAGAUUUGCCUUAUGGAGAGAAGAUUAAAUCUUCAUCAGUCAACUGCAAUAAGCAUCCCACUUUCAGUGAAGCAAAUAGAAUAUAAGCAAACAGGUAGUGCUUGAUGAAAACAUCAAACAAUACACAGACCACUUUCUGAAACACAGGACCACCUUUGGGGAGCAUAGGUUGCCAGGCAUGUUUGGAGGGAGGAUUGCUAAUGUCAAUCCCUUGCUUGAGUUGUCCCUUCAGAAAGCUUUUUCUGCAUGUGGGAAGAGGGGAGCGGAGAAGUGCAAGGCUCCAUGCCUUGCAUUUUCCUGAAAGCCAUCUUGGGAUUCUUUGCAAGUUGUGAAUCUCUUUUUUCACUCGGUCCUUCUAAUUUGCACAGGACUGGGUUAUUUUUCCAGUGUAAUCCCAUUGCAGACUACCCCAUAAUGAGCUGACACAUCAGUGUACUGCUUAAGGACACUUUGACUCUAGCAGGCAAUUCCUACCCAUUUUCUUCAAGAGCCAUAAGAGACCGUAAAAAUCUCCCUGAAACAUGUGAAGGAGAAACCCAAGGUGAAAGACAUGCCAGUAAAGACUAUGUAGAGUGGAGGGUUGCUGGGAAGGGGAGGGGUGUGUUCACAGUUUUGGAGGCAUUUUUUUGACAAUAUUACUUACCAUGAUGCUGCUAAUUUCUUCCUGUUGAUUGCUUUUAAUUCUUUGAAAUCUCAAGUUGCUAACCAAUCUUUUUCCUUCCCCCCUACCCCCAGGUAAUAAGCAGUGAGAUGCUUCACAGAGCUAGGGGAAACAGUGGUAGUGGUGGGAGGCACAGAGCUCGUGGGGGUCCUUCUGUAUCUCCAUAUGUGUCCCUGUUGCCUACCUCCCCCUCCCUCUUCUCUGGCCAGCUGGCCUUUCUUUCACACAUCCCCAUAUGCUCUUGAUCUCACUAGUUUAUAAAGAAUAUAAUAACCUGCAGAAUUUUCUAGUCAACAGGGAUAAAAAGAUAGCUCAUCUUACUAAAAACCUGUCUCAGGAAAGCUUAAGAGCACUGGCUUGGUCAUCUGUCACACCCAGAUCUCCUCCUUACCUCUAGAAAGAAAAGUAUUUUUAGCUAUCUGCUGCAUUCAGCUAGACUCUAUGCAAAUUUUAUUUAAUGAAUAUUUUAGGGUUUAAAUAGUCUGUGCUCAUGAACAUUAUAUAAAUGUCAUGUUGUCGCAGGCUCUCUGGUAACAGCAUGGAGAACAUCCUGCAGUGCAAAGCUGAAACCAGAAAAAAUCUGUGAUUAGUGCUCCCAGGGAAGGCAGUGAUGGCUGUGUGAGUGGUGACUGUUCUCAGCAGGGGCAUUACCAAUGCAGUCAGAGGAGAGCACUGGGGUACCCCUAGAAGACCAGCCGCACUCCACAUUGUAGACUGAGAGACAUUUCGUUCAGUACAGGUAGCUGGCAUAAGACCAGUUUUACUUUUCCAAAGGCUUUGGCAAACCCUAGGGAUGCAUGGAUCACACACCAGAUCAUUUGUCAUCCCAGUACAGAAGAGAUGGUCUGUUUAAAGCUGAAAUAUUGAGACUAGCCAGGAUAGCUUGGAAAUCUUCCUUUUCACAUCAAAAUAGUUUUUUACAGGUGCUUACUGUUUCUUGUAUUUGAUAUGCCAGACAGAUGGUGAUAGUCUUCUUCAGCAAAAUGCAAAGAACAAACAAAAAAAAAAAAUCAUCCUAAGUAUUUGCUGUCUUUUUAUUUCUUCAUCCUCCACAUAAUUUCUUCUCUUAUAUUUCUACUCCUUAAAUACACUGUACACGUGUAAAAACCCAAGCUAAAACCUCAAUAAAUAAACAAAACGUACUGGUAUACAGAGCAAUUAUUAUGUGUUGGAAGCAAAUGCUUGGUAUUUUGACAGUGUUGCUUAAAACCCCUGAACAGCAACUUAGAAUACAAAACAACAUAGCUGCUGCACAACCUCCUCAGCUGGUGUGCAUGGGAAUACUUGUACAGAUGACCCAGUAUCUCCGACUGCCACUUAAAAUCCGCCGCAUCCUAAGUUAAAACUUUGGAAAGGUUAUUUCCAGGAGCAGGAUGCUCGAUGGAUAAAUUAUGGCUAUAAUAAAACCAUUUUCAGCCUGUCUUUUCCCACUUCUCUUGGAGGCAUCUCAGGCAGAGUUUAAGUUGGGUCGCUGUGGCAGGAAAGUUCAAUGCAGGCAUAAGCCCUGCAGCCUUUGUGUCCCACCAGCAGCAAAGGCUUUACCUUUCAAUGGGCAUGAGCCUGUGGUAGCAUCCACUGAUGGGCUAGGGGGGAAUGAAUGUGGAAAACUAAGUGGUUAACAAACUGGGUGAAGAUGUUUGGUUAUGCCCCUUGGGAAGCAACAGCACUGCACCCAAAACAUCUCGUAGGACUUGUUUGCAUGAAAGCUGCAGAAGGGUUGUAGGAAAAUGGACUUUGGGUGGGGGGAUAAAAAAAAAAAAAGUUUCUGAUUUCUGUCAAGGCUUUGUCCUUUGGCUGAAAUGUGCCAGAAGUAGUUUCUCAGGUGGUUUCUCUGGGCAGCUGGAGAGAAGUGCAAGCUCAUAUGAGAUUAGCCCAUGUGCGACAGGAGGCCAAUUUGAGGUGGGCUACAGCCUGGCUGUGGCUGUUGGGUGCCUGCUCUGGCCAGCCCCUGGUUUCCUCACCUAAAAACAGGAGAAAAAAAAAAGAAGAUUUUAUGGUUUGCCACCAGGUAGUCCUUUUUUCUUGAGAGGGUCCCUCCGUGAUAAAUGGAAGAGUUGCUUUCUCUGCAAGCCCCUCAGCUCUGCCCUUUGGUCACCUUCCCCUCACCCACCCCCUUGCUUAUGUUGCUGCCAUUCUUACUUAGAGAUAAGAGGCCUCAUUGCUUAAGCUGCUGUUGAUAUCAGCCAGGAAGAGUGCUUCUUAGGUGGAAUUUUUGAUUUUUUUUUCCUCCAAGGUACACCAGGCAUUUUCAGCUGCUGACAGUUUGUGCUGCAAUGCAAAGCAGCCCACCAAGCUAGCAGCAGCAGUGGAAAUGAAAGGAGAAAAUGCAUCCCACUGCUUGGGAAACAAACAAACAAACAAA